CUAGCCAAACGCAAACGCACAGAGCGACGGAGAGAGAAGGGUAAAGAGAAGCAAGCAAUGAACAGCUUGUUCUCCGUUGAUGAUUUGACCGAUUCUUUCUGGGAGACGGCCGCUCCGGCGGCGAUGGCGGAGGGGAUUAGUCGGAGCCAAUCGGAGUGGGCGUUUCAGAGGCUGAUCGAAGAGAUGUCUGCUUCCGGCGGGAGCUCGAUCGCGGGGUUGUCUUCGGCGGCGGAGAACGCGAUCGACCGAUCAGUGCCGCAGAUUCAACCUGAGCAAUCGGUUUCGAUGCCGUCGGGAGCUGGUUCUGAUAUCGCGGCCGAUAUCUUUGAGACACAGAAGCUCGAGAACCAUCGCCAUCGAUGGGAUGAACAAGGAAGUCGGAAUCAUGUGUCAUCGUCGACGAUUGGGGUUGAUCCUGAUCAGUACCACGCGAUUCUCAAGAGCAAGCUAGAUCUCGCUUGCGCUGCUGUUGCUCUUCGUGUCGCUAUGGUGAAGCCGGAAGAUUCGAGUACCACAGCGACCAAGCAAAAGCAACCUAUAUUGGUCGGAUCUGAAGCUCAAGGCUCCGCUGCUGCCCAAAUCUCACCUGGUACCUCAUCUGUGAGUGCCUCUCCCUCACCAGGCAUGCAAAAGAAAUCAGACGUGCCAGUCGGGCAAGCUACAAGUGGAUCUUCAAGAGAUGAUUCAGAUGAUGAUGAACUUGAAGGAGACAUGGAAACCACAGAGAACGGGGAUCCUGCUGACACAAAGCGUGCUAGGAGGAUGCUCUCAAAUCGGGAAUCUGCUCGGCGCUCUAGGAGAAGAAAACAAGAACAAAAGAAUGAACUUGAAACACAGGUUGGCCAAUUAAGGGUUGAGAAUUCAACAUUACUCAAGCGUCUAAGUGACAUGAAUCAUAAGCACGAUACAGCUGCUGUCGAUAACAGAAUUUUGAAAGCUGAUAUUGAGACAAUGAGAACAAAGGUGAAAAUGGCAGAAGAGACGGUUAAACGGGUGACUGGAAUGAACCAUCUGCUUUUUGCAAGACCAAACUCAACUAACAUGGGGCUGCCAUUUGACAAUACACUGAUGGAUUCCUCUAGGAUUGGUCUAACGCCUGCACUGCCAAACUCUAACCACAUUCUGAAGUCAGCAAUGCCUAACAUCAUCGGAACUGCACCAAAUGGAAGACUCGACAACUGCUUUGGGAACAACACUCUGGUUCCUCCGAAUAUGAACUCAGUGACUAAUGCCAGUGCAGAAAACAUGACCAACAUCCCCCUCCCGCAGCAAGCAUCCUCACCAAAUCUUGUCCCGACCCCGCCCCAAUGGAAUCACGAUGUGACGAAGAACAAAGCCCAAAAAUGAGGAUGUAUCUGUGGGAUAUGAAGGUAAGAUUGGAGAAGCAUUCUGGUGGUAGGAGCUUUUGGUUUUAGGAUGUAAUAACGAAAUCGAUCUUCGAUGGAGUUGGUGUUGGGGGUUCGUUGUAUCCGUAACUUGACAACACAUUUUUUUGGGUCAAACGUUGAAGCUGGCCAAAGACUGUGUAUACAUUUUGAUUUUUCAAGUCAAAAUGAACGUUGCAAUC